ACCACUUCUGUGGCUAAGAUCUAUACAUAGUAAGGAGUUCGUGUGUCAUUUUCGCUCGCAAGCGUUUCGGCCAACUUCCAGGGCAGCUCCUACUGUGAAACUCUUUUAGGAUUUUUGAUUGACUACAGCGAUCGGAGCCAUGACCCACGCGGUCCAUCUGCCGUUUGUCAGCAAGAAGGUUGAAGACUUGGCUCUUUGGCGAGAUGUCAAGAGCAGUGGUGCAGUAUUUGGCGGGGCUACCGCUGCGUAUCUCGCGUUCCUCCUCAACCCAUUCCCUGCAGUCACCAUCGUUUGCUAUCUAGUCGCGAUCGCGUCUCUUGCGGCAUUUCUUUGGUCACAGAUGGGCCACCUCGUUGGCAGGUCUGGCCCGCCUGUACCCGCGCUGAUGCUGCGCGGGCUGACCGAGGAGGAGGCCAGGAACAUCGCGUAUGAGAUGCUUCCCGUGGUCAACAGAGCUCUUGCCACGGUUGGCGUGCUGGCCUCGGGCAAGGACCUCAAGAUGUCCCUCCUGGUGGCGUGCGGCUCCUACGCCGCGGCGCGCAUCUUCGCCGUCAUCAGCCCCGUCACCCUGGCCUACCUAGUGCUGCUGCUGGGCUUUACGCUGCCCAAGGCCUACGAGGCCAAGCAGUCGGAGGUGGACCGGGCAGUGGCCACCGCACGAGCCAAGAUGGACGAGACGGCGGCCAAGCUACACGAGGUGGUGGGGCGGAUCCCCAAGGCAUCCCCGGCCAAGAAGACCGAGUAAGAGGAGCAGCAGCAGCGGCGGCAGUGGCGGCGGCGGCAGCCCCCAGGAGGGACUGAAACCUGAGAGCUGUUUCAGCGGGUGUGGCGGAGGGUACGACUCUGCAUGCUGCCCCUGUGGAACGUGUAUUGCGGGGAGGGCUUCAUCAUCAGCAUGGAAAAACAAUUGAAGAAUUGCUGGGUGGGAGAGCUUUGUACAGCAUGAAAGUGGUUGGACUGGCAUUGGCGUAUUGCACACGCUUUUGACCGUUGACAAUUUGAACCUAAAAGUACCGAAAGGACAUUUCGUACUCGGCUGAUAGUGCAACUGUGGGCUUUGCAGCCUGGAGAGGUUGCGCGAUUGUACGAGAGGCUUCUGGAUUGUACUACUGUAGCCGCGCAGGUACUGCCACGGAGAAAUGACACAUACUGCUACCGGUAACAUCUCAUGCUUGCACGCGUGGAUGCAUUGCUUAGCAUCACUUCCUUUGGCCGCAUGUAAC